AUGGGUCGUUUCCAGUCAGAGAGACUGCAAGACGCAGAUGUCGAAGAGUAUGCAGGGCGUCCUGCGCUGCAGGAUAUCUCCAAAAAGCCCGUGACGAGUGCGGAUGCCCUGGAAAUCGCCCUCGGGGAAAGCGACGCCGUUGAAUACACCAUUGACUCGGACAAUUCGCCCUACCUGGAAGUCCGGGCCAAUGUGCCCAACACGGACGACCCUACCCUCCCCGUGAACACGUUUCGGAUGUGGUUUUUGGGUGUUGUCUUCACCCUUAUCGGUACAGGUGUGAAUCAGUUCUUUUCCAUGCGAUACCCAAGUGUGACCAUCACCUCCCUGGUGGCCCAGCUGGUUAGUUAUCCCGUGGGCUGCUUCUUCGCCAAAGCGUUGCCGAUCAUGAAAGUCCGGUUGUUUGGAUGGGAGUGGGAUAUCAACCCGGAUCAUCACUUCAACAUCAAGGAGCAUGCAGUAAUUACGAUCAUGUCCAAUCUCAGCUUCAACCAGUCAUGGGCUAGUGCAAUAAUCCAAGCCCAAAAGGUCUAUUUGAACAUGCCAACACCAGUGGGAUACCAAAUCCUGCUAUCUAUCACCAUGCAGAUGUUUGGUUUGGGCCUUGCUGGGCUUUCAUACAAGUAUAUCAUUGAGCCUCCUCAAAUGAUUUGGCCAUCCACAUUAGCAAAUGCUGCGCUAUUCCAAACACUCCACAGUGGUGGAAACCCUUCUGCUGAUGGCUGGACGAUUUCUCGGUAUCGGUUCUUCAUGUACGCCUGCAUUGGCAGCUUUUGCUGGUACUGGUUCCCUGGCUAUAUCUUCACCGGAUUGAGCACCUUUGCCUUUAUCUGCUGGGCAGCUCCGACUAACAAGGUCGUCAAUAACCUGUUCGGCAUGACCACUGGCCUUGGAUAUAUGCCGACCACGUUCGAUUGGAGCCAAAUCGCAUACAACGGUUCCCCUCUAACGAUUCCAUUCUGGGCCCAGGCAAACGUUUUUGCGGGCUGGUUCUGCGUAUACGCAGUCGCAGCUCCUAUCCUCUACUAUACCAAUACCUGGUACACGGCAUAUCUUCCGCUUACAAGUAGCGAUGCCUACGACAACACUGGAAAUCAAUACAACUCGAGUCGUAUUUUGGACAGCGCGGGCGCCAUCAACGAGACUGAGUAUAAAGCUUAUAGUCCCAUCUUUCUGCCGGUCACCUUUUCUCUCAGCUACGGUAUUGGCUUUGCGGUCUUGAGCUGUCUCAUCACUCACGUUUUGCUAUACCAUACCAAAGAUAUUCUUAGCACCUUCCGGGGAGAGAACAAGAAGGAUGUCCACGCAAGAAUGCUAUCCCGGUACCCUGAUGUGCCUUGGUGGUGGUAUGGUAUUUUGACGAUUAUUAUCGUUGCGCUUUCGAUCAUGACGCAGUAUGUUUGGAAUACUGGACUUCCGUUCUGGGGGUUAUUUAUCACCCUGGCUCUAGCUGCAAUCUACGUGAUCCCAGUUGGAACGGUGUAUGCUGUGGCGAACUUGAACAGUAACUGCCUGACCGUGAUGGGAGAGAUCGUCUCUGGCUACCUGCUCACGGGGAAACCCCUUGUUCUUCUGAUCUUUAAGUUCUACGCAUACACGGGACUCAGCCAAGCGAUGUAUUAUGGCGCAGACAUGAAGCUUGGGCUGUACAUGAAGGUACCGCGUAGAACACUGUUCGUCGCACAGCUGGUUGCCUGCAUUCUUGGAUCGUUGACACAGAACGGGGUACUCCUGUGGAUGCUCGGAAACGUAAAGGACGUAUGUUCCGAGGACCAGUCAGACAACUUCACCUGCCCCCAAGGCCUAGUCAACUACAACAGCGCAGUGCUCUGGGGAGCUGUCGGCCCUGCUCGCCUGUACAGUAUUGGCAAGAUCUAUUCCGGCCUGCUACACUUCUUCUGGAUCGGAGCAUUGCUCCCUAUCGUCACAUAUGCCCUUCGCAAGAAAUACCCAAAAUCCCGGUUCCUCGACGCAAUCCACUGGCCAAUCUUCUUCGCCGGCACCGGAAACUUACCUCCUGCGACCGGAAUCAACUAUUCCACCGCCUUUGUCGUCAGUCUUAUCUUCAACAAGAUCAUCAAAGGCCGCAAGCCCAUGUGGUGGGCCAAGUACAACUACGUGCUCUCAGCAGCUUUAGACUCUGGCGUUGCUGUUGCUGCCAUUGUGAUUUUCUUUGCCUUGACGUUCCUGGGGUUCACAUUUAGCUGGUGGGGAAAUACAGUCAACGAUGGCACGGUUGAUAGCAAGGGGACGCCGUGGUUGGAGCUGAAGGGGAAUCAGACCUUUGGGCCGACGUCUUGGUCUUGAUGGGAUGAAGACGGAUGGAUUAUAGGGAGUGCUGCCCUGCGUUGAGUUUUGGUAUCAAUGUAUCUUUUAU